GUUCCUAAGGCCAAGGACCUUCCCUUGGAAACUACAGAUGUUCGUAAAUUUUCAGACUUAUUAUCAGUCUACGCUUUUUACAUUUUGCCAAUUUGCUGUAUAAAUAUUAAGCAGUUAAAAUAUUGUAAACAAACACGAUCUACAUAUACUGCUCUCCGAUGAAAAUUAUCAAAAAGGUGAACCAUUUACAUAUGUGGCUCGUUUAUGACAAGGUGUCCAAGUUUUUCUCGCCAAAUAGUGCCAGCGUAUUUUAUAAAUAAAAGUGACAUUAAGAUAUCAUAUAAACAUAGAUAUACGACAGUUCAAAAAAAGGAACCAAUCGUAAAGCUUCUUUUAUAUGACACAGAUGUCCAUGAAUGUCUCCCUUACUUCAAUUUUUCACUCUAACCUGCGAAUCAGCAACACAAUAACAAUCAAAAGAGUAUUCUUAAAAGCAGCAUAAUAGUAAUUCUUAUNGGUGUUAGUUAAAUAGUUAAAUAUAUAAUGGAUGUAUUUCUUAUGGUUCGACGAAAAAAUAUGACAAUAUUUACUAAUGCUACGGAACAUACUUCAGUUUUGGAACUUAAAAAUAUGAUUGAAGGUAUAAUAAAAAUACCACCUGCAAAUCAGCAGUUGUACAAGGAUAACAUAGUAAUGUCAAAUGGAUCAAGUUUAUCAGCAUAUGGAAUAACAUCUGUGACAGCAAAACCCCAAUGUCCUGCAUUAGUAGGAUUAGCCAUACGUGAAGAAAAUGGUCGAUUUGAACCCUUAUCGAUGACUCCUUAUUCAUUACCACCUGAUCUACCAGAUGUGAUGAAGUCUCAAGAAAGCAGUGACUUUGAACAUAUACCUGGUCUCAUUCCAAAGCAUUGAGUCAGUUGACAAUAAGUGUUUUAGACGAUGUGUUUGCGAAACUUGGUUCCGACACAGUGAUAUACUGAUUGCUCCUGAAGUUUCUUUUCUUCUGUCGGUCUGCAUGGACCAGGAUGUUUGAUUGUUGUUUGGACAAAUCUUCGGAAAGGAAGGAUCCUACGAAGCGGUAGAGAAAUCUACUUGCAGUAACGGUGCAACUAGUAUAGGUCGACACAGCAAUAUGUAUAAUUUCAUUAAUUUUAGGAGUUCGGUGAUAUGUUUUUGCACAUACAUUUCUAAGCUUGUAUCCUUUAAGGAAAUGCAAAAAAAUCGAAUUUUUUGGCAGUUUACAGUAGAAGACCCUCUUUAAUGAAGUUUAAUAUUAUCAGCAUUUCUAAUGAUAUUUUAAAUGUAUAAUGCGAAUAACAUGUUUUUCUGCAAUAUUAGAUUAAAUAAUAAAUCUGGAUAUCUUAAGUCUACAAAUUAUGGUGAAUUACAGUAUACAAACCAAUAUUGAUAAUAUUUACUUAAGCAUUCAAUAUCUAAUACAUUUUCAUCAGAACAUGCAUGAUCUGAAUAAAGUAACUAAUUUAAGUAA